GCCCUCGUCGCACACGCACACGCCGCCGCUCGGGUCCCGGUCCCGGCCCCGCCUGGCUGUCCGGGCGGCCGAUGGCGCCGGCGGCGGGAGGCCGCGGGCCGCAGCGGGCCUAGGCGCCGCGGGCACGGGCCACCCCGCGCCAUGCUGGCCGCGGCUUGGCUGGGCAGGGGCUGCUGGGGGCUCCUCCGCGGCGCGGAGCGGAGGCGCCCGGGCGGCGGGGCGAGGCCUCUGGCCAACGGCCCCGCGGCGGCGGCGGCGGCGUCUGAGGCGGGAGGCGGCGGCGGGGCGGGCGGCCGCCAUGGCAACGGCGGCGCGUUCCGCCCGGUGGCGGGAGCGGGAGCCGGGGCUGCGGCGGGGCCGCGCGCGGACACCGGCCUGAGGCAGCGCCCGCGGCUGCUGCGCGCGUCCCCGCGGCUGCUGCGCGCCCCCGCCGCCGCUUGGCGCCUCCUCAGCGGCGGGGCCGCGCCGCCGGACGCCCCCCGGGAGCGGCGCGUGGCGGGACCGUGCGCGGAGCUGUAUGAAAACCCCUGGACGAUCCCCAAUAUACUGUCCAUGGCCAGAAUGGGCUUGGCACCAGUUUUAGGCUAUUUGAUUGUGGAAGAAAAUUUCAAUGUUGCACUAGGUGUCUUUGUUCUGGCUGGCGUGACGGAUUUGUUGGAUGGAUUUAUUGCACGAAACUGGGCUAAUCAGAAAUCAGCUUUGGGAAGUGCUCUUGAUCCUCUGGCUGAUAAAAUUCUCAUCAGCGUGCUCUAUGUAAGCCUAACUUGUGCAAACCUUAUCCCAGUUUCACUUACUUCCAUGAUUAUCCUGAGGGACGUGGCGCUCAUUGCUGCUGUUUUUUACGUGCGAUACAAAACUCUUUCUCCACCGAGAACACUCAGUAGGUAUUUUAACCCUUGUUAUGCCACUGCCCAGUUAAAACCAACAUUCAUUAGUAAGAUGAAUACAGCGGUUCAGCUAAUUUUGGUGGCAGCUUCUUUAGCAGCUCCAGUUUUCAAUUAUGUGGACAGCAUAUAUCUGCAGACACUAUGGUGCAUCACAGCUCUGACAACGGUAACGUCUGCGUACAGCUAUUACCAUUAUGGCCGAAAAACAGUUCAAGUGAUCAAUAAUAACAAAUGAAGUAUUGCUGGAGGGACGGGGCCUUGGCAGAGCGCUGUGCUGAACCCCCCAAGGUGGGUGGUAUUGCAACUGACUCUUUGGAUCAAGAACUCUUUGUUUCUCUGCAUAAACCAGUGUCACAAUGAAGUUUGAACAUGUACUGUAAAUAUAUAGAGAGAAACUUUUCAGUGUAUUUUUAAUUUGUUUAAAAAUGAGGUUGUUUACAAAAUAAAUAAUAUUCUUAAAGACACAGGUCACUAGUUGCUGCCAUGAACCUUCUGUGUGAUUUUUAUACUGGUUUUGAAGACAAAAUGUGCACUUUUCACCAGCUGAUUUUGCUGUCUUCGCGUAAGGCUCUGAGAAGAAAACACAAUUAUAAGAACAAAUUUGUCAUUGUACCUCAACCUGAGUCAGUAAGCCAGCAUUGCUUCUUUGGACUUCAUGGUGUAAUGUCAGCCUGCAGCAGACAAAAAGGUGCCAUCAAGGGACAAGAUCUUCUGACAUUUAAACCAGGAUGAUAGAACUCGGUACUCCGUGGUGAUCUGGAUAAACGUGAAGAGUUCCUGCCCUGCUCUCUUUUUCUUGUACAAGCAGCAGUGGCCUGUGCUCAUCAGAAGAGCUGUGAGUCCCAGAAGGGGACUGUGCAAUGAAGAGGCUGUAUCCUAACGGAGUUAACAUUUCUUACGCUGUACAUUUGUGGUGAUUGAAAGGAACUCCUGUAUUUCCAGGUUCUCAAAAGCUUUUAAAGAUGCUGAUUAAUCUAAAUACCCAGGGAGAAAAAGGACACUUUAAAUAUUGUCUCAGUGGAGGGAGAGAGUGGAAGAAACUUUUUGAUGCACGGUACUCUUAAUUCUUCCUUUAUCUCUAGGUUCACAUGGGGUUCCCUGUAAUCCUCCUCGGGCCAGGACAGCUCCUACAUCUUUGUUCUCUUACUUGUUCUCUGCUUACAGAAAAGUGCAGAAUAAAGGACUGGGCAGAAGGGAUCGUGUUGAUCAUAAAUUUACCUUUUAUAUUUUUGAGCAAUGUGCUGUUUCUCUUGUGUCAUUAAAAAAGUGUAUCUGCAAAGGACUUAAAUAAUGGAGUGGUAGGUGCCACCACUGUGUUAGUGGCAGAAGAAAAUUUGCUGUAGGUAUCUGAGAGCACACAGUCUCUUUUGUGACUGCACGUAGUUGUAUAUACACAGCAUUUUAGUAUCUUUUUGUAUUUAAGCUUGUAUAGAAUGGUGCACAAAGAACACACGUGAUUUUUAUGAAUACCUUUAUGUUACCAGUCCCUGUGUUGCGUUGUCUACCCUGUCCCCUCACUGUAAGAUGCAAAGUCUGGCCCAGUUCCCUUAAAAUGUCUGAAUAUUUAGUAAAAUGGACUACUUGUGUUCUUGAAGAAACAGCUCAGAAAGCAAGAGUCGUUGUGCCCAGUCCAGUCCUUCCUGCGUGGUGCUGGUUAACGGGGUGGGGCUUUGGCUGGGGCUUUUGUGGUUGGGGUACAUGCCUGAAACAGUCGUGUGAAAU